GGCAACUUUACCCCGCAACGUUUUAUACGAACUUGACCCUAUUUUCUUCUUACACCUCUAUACAUGCCAGAAAGGCCAAAUGAGAGCUACAUCGAUACCCAUGCUUUCUCCGAUAUUCCACGCCUCCGGGCUUGACUCUCACCGUCGAAUUUGCGCUGCCUUUACGGGUAAGGGAACAUCGCUUGAAGCAAACCACAGCUUUUCCUUUCGCCCACCGCCAACUACAGGCGAUGGCGGCGACCACUCGGAUUAUUUUGCGCAAAAUUUGAAAUGUCUUGCGACCCAGCUCGGAUUUGACUCUCGGCGCUUAACGUGGCCGAAUGGAGGCUGGCCCCAUUCUGGACAGGCCAUAAUAGCGGAAGACUUUGAAUGGAUUUCCAACAAGCGUACGGGAGGAAUUAUGCCCGUCGAGAGGAGUUCUAGUAGUAACGACCCGAAGGCAGUGACUUAUGAUGGGGUAGUUACCAGGUCGCCUCAGUUUGUGCUUGGAGUGCAGGGCGCGGAUUGCCCGUCGAUAUUCCUAUAUGCGCCGGAAUCGGGAGUGAUUGGUCUCGCGCAUGCUGGUUGGAAACCGCUGGUCAGAGGAGUGGUUUCAAAUACGGUCAAUGCGAUGGUCGCAUGUGGAGCGGACAGGAAUGAUAUUUCUGCAUAUAUAGGCCCGGGAAUAGGUGAUCGGUACACCCAGUUUCAUUGGGAUGACGAAAUGGAACCACACAUCCGGGAUGUGUUUAUUCAGGCGGGGCGUGAGGAUCUUUUAAACGACUCGAUUGUAAGACACGAGAUGACGGAGAGUGAUCGACAAGAGCUGGCCUUGGCUUUGGGCAAAGAGGUUCCGCCCGGGACAUCUUUCAAGCUGUCAACAUUGGCUGUGUGUGAGCUUGAACGCAAUGGGGUGAACCACCAAAAAAUUACGGAAAGCGGGGGAUCAACGAUUGUUGAUCGCCAUCCUUCGACAGACAUGGAACCAAAAGGCGCGUUUCGAUAUCAGUCGUAUCGUCGUGAGUGGCCGAAGCAUGGACUUAGCAUGAGCGUUUUAUUCUUGAAACCCGGCUCACAGACGGAACUCGUGGACGGGGAGCGGAAAACGGAUUUAUAGGAGGAUACUGUAUGAAUAUGCAUCAUGGGACUUUUUUUUUUUUGGGAAGGAAACCAAGGACGAGACACGCCUAUACCGUCUUGCUGAGGACGUGGGGUUCCG